AUGUUUAAAACGAUCUAUCUUUUCUAUCUAAUCUGCUUUCUUGUUUUGCUGCAAACGAAUUAUGUUGCCACAACCGAUUGCGAUAGCGAACCUUCUUCCAUCGAGGGAAAGCUCCUCAAGAAGCUGUUAUGUUCCGACAAUUACGACAAAACGGAACGCCCCGUACGAAACCACAACACUACGGUGAAUGUCACCAUGUUGAUGUAUAUAAAAGAGUACUACGUGUUGGAAAGAGAACCGUCCGUGAUUGUAUCCGUUUGGCUAUCGAUCAGUUGGACGGAUGAAUUUCUAGCAUGGGACAGAGCGGAUUAUGGACUGGAGAUGGUAAACAUCGACUCCAACGAAUUAUGGCGACCAACAAUCGAGACAUUAGAAAGCAAACCAGCAGGCAUUAUUGACAAAUCCUGUAGAGACCAUCAAUGCGAGGUGAAGCAUAAUGGCAAUGUUUCAUGCAUAUCACCCUGCAGCUUCAAUGUUCACUGUUUCAGUACGAAUGUCGACUGGCCGUUUGAUGUACUGGAGUGUUCGUUGUACAUGAGUAGUUGGAUGGAAUAUUCGGCUGAAUUAAACAUCACGCGAGCAUCAAACGUGUCACAGCAAUACUUAAAGGAGCAAAGCAACUGGCAUUUACUGUCAACUAAUGUGCUUUCUAGCAUCGAUACAACUGACGUCGAUUAUUCGUGGAUCAUAUACAAAUUCGUUUUGGAAAGACGCAUGGGCGUGUACAGUACCGUCAUAACUCCUGGGUUUAUGGUAGUGGUAAUAAGUUUGGCAGUCCUAUGGCUGAACAGCGCAAGCUCUGAGCGACUGUACGUUCUGUCCGUAACGUGUUUAGGCCACUAUAUCUAUCUUGAGUACAUCUACUGGCAUCUGACAUACAACACCAAGGAUGUGCCUAAACUUUCGCAAACCAAGGAUUCCAUGUUGGCAAUGUAUAAAUACUGUUCUGUUAUAUUUGUUGUGCUUCUAUGUCUCAGACAUGGCGCCACUAUCAACUGUGACGGUACCGGCGAUGCACCAAACAAGGAAGCCAAACUCAUCAGGAAUCUGUUCUGUUUCAAUUACGACAAAAGCGAACGGCCUGUGAAGGAUCAUAACACCGCAAUCAACGUGACAGCCUCCAUGCAUGUUCAAAACUACGAUGUGAGUGAGGAAAAAUCCACCCUGUUCCUAUACGUGUGGAUGAGCUUCUCCUGGAAGGAUGAGUUCCUGAACUGGGAUCGAGCUGAGUACGGAAUCGAUAAACUAAUCGUCGACUCGAGUGAGCUGUGGCGUCCAACCUUUGUUGCAUUUCACAAUCUUAAAAGUGGCAACGGAGAUAAUGCUUGUGCAAGCCAUCCCUGUGAAGUGAAACAGACCGGAGUAGUGCUGUGUGUUCCUCCUUGCCAGUAUGAGGCGCUCUGCUCAAGCAAUACCGCCAACUGGCCUUUUGAUAGUCUGAAGUGUACAAUGUUUCUUGGUGCAUGGUUGGAAAACUUUAAUCAAAUCAACAUCAGCCGCAUGUCGAACCUCUCUACUCGCGACAUUGAAGUGACGCAUGCGGAAUGGAAAAUCCAGUCUGCUAUUUUGCUACACAUUUACUUACCAGACAACACCAGCUACCCAUCGUUGGAGUAUGUUUUCACACUGGAACGACAUAUUGCCAUCUAUGGUGCGAUUUUGACGCCAGGGUUUUUGAUGAUCAUCAUAAAUUUGGCAGUGCUAUGGAUGAACAGUGGUAGUACGGAACGGCUAUACAUACUAUGUGCCACUUGCAUGGGCCACUUUAGCUACAUGGAGUACCUGUACUGGCGUGUACCGUACCAUGGCGAAGCUGUUCCCAAAAUGUUGCUUUUCUUCCGCGAUUCGCUGAUGAUCAACGUGCUAAUGUUGGCCUUUACGAUUAUUUUGAGACACACCGCACCGAAAGCUGAUGGUACGGAACGGUUGGUCGAUAAACUGGCUACCAGGGUAGCUUCUACGAACUUGGGAAGAAUGUUUCUUCAAACCGGCGAUCAGGCCGGUAGUGAGGUUACAGAUACAACCGAAGCAGAAAGUGGAGAUAGGGAUAAUUCCAUUAGAUCGCAACCGGACCACGUUGAUGGUGACACGGUCAAUCUAGUCUCGGAUGCAUCUGAUAAUGAUGCACCAACGAAGCGUAUAGCUUCUGCGGAACACCAACGACCCAAUGUGGUUAACGUUUUUCUGGAUAGGAUAAUGUUUAUUUGCUUUUUGCUAAGUUAUGUGUUAAUGAUCUUUAGUCUGCUGCCGAAAGAAAACUUAAAUUGA